CGUAUUCCUGCUUCCUGAAACUUUAUGCAGAAAGAAACGCGUUAGCAUGUUAGCACGGGGAAAGACCUGCUGAAGCGGGAAAUAUUUACAGUUAACCGAUUUUCUUCUAUUAUAAUCACUGCAAAGUAGGUUAGUAUCGAUUGUGUAUGCAUGCAUACACAUCUGUAUUGAAGACAGGUAAAACAGUUGAAAUAUACAGGUUGUUAAUUGGACCGGCUUUAUGUGAACACAAAGGCCUAACGUCACGUUCGCUUUGGUGAAGCAUGUACCCUUCGUGGGGAAAUUAUGGAGGUGGACAUCCGCCUCCUACUAACGUUAACGUUAAUCAAUUUGAUGCGAGAUCGGCACCAGUAAGGGCCCCACCACCGACAGGAGGGGCGCCUGGAGGAUAUGGUGCUCCACCGGCGUCUAAUUUUAACAGUUUACGGGAGCAACAUUUGCAACAAAUGCAACAACUGCAACAGCUCCAUCAGAAACAACUGCAGUCGGUGCUUCAUUACAGUAAUGCUAGCGGUUAUCCUGGAGGCCCUGGUGCCUGGCAAGAGCAAGGGGCUGCUGCGGGUUUUCCUCCGUCUGGUUCAGAGGCAACCACGAACUAUCAACCAGAACCACCGAGAGGUCCACCUGGGUCUGCGCCACCUCAACCUCCGCAGCCUCCACAGCCCCAAGAAGAGGCGCCACCCAAGCCACCUGAGCCUACUCCUCCGACUACUCAACAAAACUAUACUGCUCCCGGGGGCCACACGUCCAGUAAUGAAAACAACGCUCCUAAAGACACAUCAGCGAUGACUUUUCCACAGGAGGGAGAGAAUCCCGACUUCACAUCGAUGACAUUACAGGAUCAGCAACAGUUCUGGUACAAGCAACACCUCCAGAAUCUGCAGAAGCUUAAGAAUGAGAGGGCAAAACAGGGCCAAAGUCAGGGUCAACCUGCUGAUAAAUACCAGAAACCUGGCGAGGCACCGCCCCCCCCUGUCGAGCCUCCUAAGAAUGCUCCGCCUCCACCUCCCCCCAAAGAAGAGCCACCGCCACCACCUCCACCUGAGGAACCUAAGACCAACAUCGCGAGCUCGGGGGACCCGUUUGAGGCAGCGCGCCUGCAGCAGUUGCAAGCGGCGGCAGCACAGUGGCAGCAGGCGCAGCAGCAGCGUGCCGCUCACCAGUACCAGGCGCUGAUGCACGAGCACGCUCAGCUGCAGCAGAUACUGCAGCAGUAUCAGCAGUUCAUCCAGCAGCCUGCGCAUCUCCAGACCAUGCCACUGGACAUGCAGCUGAAACACUACGAGGUGCAGCAGCAGCAGUUUACCCCAGUGUACCAGGACUGGGACCGGCACUUUAAACUGUGGUAUGAGCAGUUCCAGUCCUACCCGCACAAAGACCAACUCCAGGACUAUGAGGCCCAAUGGAAACAGUGGCAGGAACAGAUGACCUCCACCGCAGCUCAUUUGCAGGAGAGAGUCACGACCCUUCGAGCCGUGCAGCAGCAGUACGGCCCCCCUCCUGGCUACGGGGGCAUGAUGAGUCAGUAUGGGCAGAGCAUGCCGCCCCCAGAUUCACAGAUGCAUCACCCACCUUUGCCUCCGAAUGCAAACAUGCAGCAUUCGCCAUCUGUUGGACCUCCUCCUUCUGGACCGCCGCCUGCAGGACCUCCCCCUACCAGUGCGCCCCCUGCUGGAAAGUCCACUACAGGACCUCCUCCCAUAGGCCCAACUCCUGGAGCAGGACCGCCGCCUUCGACAACUGCAGGUCAAGCAGGUGUUUCUACAGCAACCACCACGUCUACACCCACAUCGGAGUCGUACCAGACAACAGCAGCAGGAAAUAUGUCGGGCCCAUACGGUAAUAAUAAUGCUGGGCCUCCCCAUCCUGGAAUGAGACCACCUGGCCCAAGGUUUGAUGGCCCAAGAUUUGAUCAGUCACAACACCAACGCUUUAAUGCACCACCACCCAGAUUUGAUCCAAGACAAAGAUUCAACGCGCCUCCCCAAGGACCCCCUGGUAGAUUUGAUUCACCAAUGAGACAUAUUGCCCCUGGUUUUGAACGCCCCCCUGGUCCAAACUCUAAUCCUUCAAUGAGGUUUGAAAGGCCACCUGGCCCAUCACAGAAUCCACAAAAUAGAUUCGAAAGACCCCCAGGACCUCCACAGAAUCCCCAAAAUCGUUUUGAAAGACCUCCAGGUCCACAACAGAAUCAGCAAUCUCGUUUUGAAAGACCACCAGGUCCUGGACAGGGUCCAAUGUCUCGUUUUGAAAGACCACCUGGUCAGGGUCCGAUGUCUCGUUUCGAAAGACCACCUGGUCCUGGUCAGGGUCCAAUGUCUCGUUUUGAAAGACCGCCUGGUCCAGGACAGGGCCCAAUGUCUCGUUUUGAAAGACCACCUGGUCCGGGACAGGGUCCAAUGUCUCGUUUUGACAGACCACCUGCACCUCAACCACAACAAGCUGGUAUUGGUUCCCAAGUGAAACCAAAUUCUGCUGCUCAAAAUAAAGAGGAAAAACGUGAAACUACUGGAUCGCAGCUCCAGCAGGCUGGAUCCAAAGAAUUAACAUCUGAAAAUAAAAGUGCGAAGGAGAAAAGCACAGUUGAUGACACUCUGGCUGAGGAUAUUGUUGAUUCUGGGAAUGGGUUCUUCGUCCAGAACGACCCAAUUCCGCAGACGUCACAAAAGGACACUCCGCAAAAAGCAGAGGAUCCAGUCGUUGGAGCGAAAGACAAGGCUAAGGACGUUAAGGAAACUGAUUCCUCCAAAAAUGCAGUGUCAGCGCCUUCUUCUACUCCGCUAAAACAAACUCCUACACCUCCCGGUCAGGCACCCGGUCUGGCCAAAAGUGGUGUCAACAACGGGCCCCCUCCCAGACCUAUGCCUCAUGAGAUGCCUCGCCAGCCUCCUCCAGGCCCUCCCCAUGGCGAUAAUCAGAUGGGUCAUCCAUCCAUGGGGCGCGGGCAGCAUCCUCCAGGUCCUCCGUAUGGUGAUCAUCCAAUGGGUCCUCCGCAUAUGGUGCGUGGGAGAGGCCGAGGGCAAAUGCCAAUGCCUAUGCGUGGCAGGGGACGGGCCCGUGGUCGGGGAAUGCCCGGCGGGCCAAUGGGCCCACCACAUGGAUACGAUCCCAACUUCCAGCCACAAGAAGAAGAGGAGCAUUCUGGGUAUGAGUAUGAAGCCCCGCAAGAGCACAUGGGUCACACGGGGGAAGAAGAGGUGGAUUAUGGGUGGGAGGAUCCUUCGGCAGAGCCUUCCGGAAGGAUACCUGGAAGAGGGCCACCACAUCACGAGCAGGACAUGUGGCUCCCAGAGGAGCAUCACUUUGGCGAAGAAUACUACGAAGAAGCAGAGGGUCAGGAGGAGGCUGUGGAGGAAGAGGCCAAACAUUGGCAGGAGGCAGCAGAACCAGAGGCAGAACCGGAGUACUGGGAACAAGAGCAAGAUCCAUAUUGGAAUGUCCGAAGGCCCCCCAUGCGUGGACGACCUCCAUUCCCCCGCGGUAUGCGCGGAAGGCCACCUCCGCCUCGAGGCUUCAUGCACCAGGGUCCGAGGCGUCCGCCUCCUCCUCACCCUCCCCACAUGGAGGGCAUGGAGCAUGAGCCUUACGGGCCCCCCCAGGGCUACAGGGGACCUCCCAGGGGUCCUAUGGGCCCUCCGAUGCAUCGAGGGCCCCCUCCACGGGGCCACCCCGGCAUUCGUGGCAUGAUGAAGCCGCGACCCCCUCCGCCACGAGAGAUGAUGGAGAGAGAUCCACAUGGACCUCCGCCUUACCACGACCCUAUGGAGCACGAUCCAGAAUGGCCACCUCCACCACAUGGCAGAGAGCCUAGGCGGAUCCCUCCGCCGCCCCCGCAUUCCAUGAUGGAGAGAGACUUGAGAAGGCCGCCACCCUAUGGUCCAGGACACCCCAGGAGGAGGCCACCAUUCCCCCACGAAGACCCAGAGGGGUUGUACGAGGAGCCCUACGAAGAGGAAUAUCCGCCGCCCGAUGAGGGGUACAGAAGGCCGCCACCUCCACCACUGGAGUUCAUCACUCGAGACUAUGAACAUGGCCAGGAGGACUACUAUCCUCCACCGCCUCCGCCCAAAGACUGGGAGAUGGAGCGUGGUGGCAGGGAGUAUCCACCCUACCCGCCUCAUGGGCCACCGGAGCGCAUGCGAGAAGACCGGUGGUCAGAGGGAAGAGAGAGGCCGUAUCCUUACGAGGAAGAACACGGUAGACCUGAUUACGAAGGGUCUGGUUAUCCAGACGAGCCUCCGUAUGGUGGCAGAGAACCUCCUUACCGUGGCCAGCCAGACUGGGAGAAGCCCUUGCCAGAAAGAGUUUACCCUCCCAUGGAGCCGAGGAGGCCUUCGUUCGAGGCAGGCUCAGAAUCCAGCAUGGAUAUCCCCCCGCAGCCUCCCCAAGCAGGGUCGGAUCCAGCUCAUGAGCAGUCUUCUCCAAAAACUGCAAAGGGUGUGCUGGCACUCUCUCAAAGACAACACGAGAUCAUCCUGAAAGCAGCACAGGAGCUAAAAAUGAUCAGAGAGCUCCAAGAAUGUAAAGGCCCUGUCGGAGAAACUGCCGCCCCCGAGGUCAAGACUGAACUACUACCUGGUCUCCUUGGGCUAGAAAUCCCACCUGAAGUCAAGACUGCCCUUCAGUCCACAGGUCUUUUGUCUGAGACUGGACAGGCUGGUGGAGGGAAACCAACCUCAUGGGAGUAUGGCCACCCACCACCAGAAAGUGGUUACCACCAACAACCCCCACCAUCUAAACCCAUCAUCACUAAAACGGUGGAUUAUGGACAUGGGCAUGAAUCUGGUGCGACAGUGGAGCGCAUGUCUUAUGGCGAAAGGAUUAUCCUGAGGCCUGACCCUUUGCCUGAGAGGACAUUUGAGAAGGAACCGCUUGGCCCGAGAGAUCCCUAUGGCCCGAGAGAUCCGUAUUUUGACAGACGGAAUGACCCUUAUAUGGAACGGCGGGAAUGGAGUAGAGAGCGGGAGCGAGACCCCUACAGGGAAAGGCCGGUCUUAGACCACGAGAGAGAACGGUUCGAACGGGAACGCUUCACCAGAGAUGACCGGCCACCACCAGGGCCCCCAGGUCGCCCCGGCUACAGAGAUCGGGAGCGUGAACAAAGAGAGAGAGAGGGGCGCAGCAGCCGGGACCGAGAGCCUUACGGCCGCCCACCCUACGACAGGCCGCCAUACGAACGAGGCCCUGAGCGGUUUGAGCACGGGCCCCCAGGCCCUCCGGGUUAUGGAAAUGACCGGAGGAGCUACCCCGAUGAGAGACCACCUGGCCCACCUCCCUCCAUGGCCCCUGCUCCCGGCCCUCCCCCCCGCGCCGAGAAGAAGCCUGAAACCAAGAACGUGGACGACCUCCUCAAGCCACCUGGCCGAUCAAACCGUCCAGACAGGAUUGUCAUUAUAAUGCGUGGCCUUUCAGGAAGUGGUAAAAGUCACGUCGCAAAACUGGUUCGGGAUAAGGAAGUGGAGUGUGGUGGAGCACCUCCCCGUGUCCUCAGUAUAGACGACUACUUCAUGACUGAGGUGGAGAAGGUCGAGAAAGACCCAGAGAGUGGCAAAAACGUCAAGAACAAGGUGCUGGAAUAUGAGUAUGAACCAGAGAUGGAGGACACUUAUCGCAGCAGCAUGCUGAAGACCUUCAAGAAAACACUCGACGAUGGCUUUUUCCCUUUCAUCAUCAUUGAUGCGAUCAAUGACAAAGUCAAAUACUUUGAUCAGUUCUGGAGUGCAGCCAAAACCAAAGGGUUUGAGGUGUACGUGGCUGAAAUUGCAGCAGAUAACCAGACAUGUGCAAAGAGAAACAUCCAUGGACGGAAGAUGAAGGACAUCUCAAAGAUGGCCAGUAGCUGGGAGCCAACACCUCGUCACAUGGUGCGACUAGAUAUCAGGUCCCUGUUGCAAGAUGCAGCUAUUGAAGAGGUUGAAAUGGAAGACUUUGACCCUUCUAAGGAAGAACUGAAGACCGAGAUGAAGAAGGAGGAGGAAGAGGAGACCGACCUGGUAGGGGGGUACAUUCCAAAAAGCAAAUGGGAGAUCGACACAUCUGAGGCGAAGCUCGACAAGCUGGACGGCCUGGUUGGUGGGAGCAAACGGAAGCGCGAGUCUGAUGUAGCAGGCAUAGAGGACUUCCUUCAGCUCCCAGACGACUACGCCACGCGGAUGUCCGAACCCGGAAAGAAGCGGGUGCGAUGGGCGGACCUGGAGGAGAAGAAGGACGCCGACCGAAAGCGCGCUAUUGGCUUUGUUGUGGGCCAGACCGACUGGGAGAAGAUCACCGACGAAACCGGACAGUUAGCCCAGCGAGCUCUUAACCGCACAAAGUAUUUCUGAGAAGAACAUUUCGUUAGUCUUUGCACACUUUUGGCACACAGAUAGUCAUACCAUGAAUCUACAGAUUUCUCUUCUGUUCUUUGGUGGAGUAAGGAAUGCUUCCCCCACCCUGUUACUGUUAUUUAACAUAUUGCUGAAAGAGAAGAGAGAAGAAGAUACUGUCUUUGGGAUCCACCAGGGAAGGAGGAAAAGAAGACACUGUUAGAUGUGUUCCAUCUUUUUGGUGUUUCUCAUGAAUACUCACGGUGAUUUAACUCCUGCGCCAGGAACUACAUCACUAAGUUUUCAUGUUGCCUGUAGCUCCACUUGUAUUUUUUAUACCUUGUAUGUAUUCCCAGCAGAAUUCAUGCUUUGUUUUAGUCAUUAGAUUUGAAUAAAUUAAACCCUAAUGUGAAAUGUCACACCUUGUUUUAUUUUUCCUUUUAAAAAAAAUGAACUGUGUUUUGUUAGAAAAUGUUUGGCCUCAGUGUGAUUACUGGGACAACUGUGGGAAUAUAUUAAAAAAAAUAAGUUCUAUAUA